AAUGGGGAGUGGUGAUUGUAGCUGCUUAUCUCUGGGGAUGCCGGAGAUGUCCGCUUGAAAACUUCAACAUCAGAUUGAUUUAUGAAAGAAGGGGGAAAAAGAAGUCAAUCACUCCCUCCUCAUAAGCCCAGUGAUUGUACACCAGGAGAAUAUGCCGUUGAAAGAGUACAAAACAUCACAAACGAUCCGUUGUAAGCCUUUGACCCCGGAAGGUUUUGGACCAUUUGGUACUUGUAUAUCAGCGAGAGAGCAAUUGGGCUCUUCUGAUAAGUCCAGUGCAAACUACGGCACCGCAGUGAAGCUACACAAGGUCUCCAAGAUUGAGAAUCUAUUCGCAAAUGCACCAUCUGGCACUGAAGCGACACCGAACUGGAACAUAUUCAGAUGUUCGCCUCCGAAUCACCUGCUCCAAGAUAUAGACGGGGAGCUGCACUACACUGCAAAGGUUCUCGAGAGACAUCCCUUCAGCUCCCAGACUUUCAUACCAAUGGGCGUUGAUAAAGGCAACGAAAACGCAUACGUCGUGAUCUGUGGGCAUAAGGACGAUGAGGCAAUGCCCAUCACAGACCAAGUCGAGGCGUUCAUCUGUAGAGGAGACCAAGCAGUGACCUACGCACCCGGAACAUGGCACGCCCCAAUGAUUUCACUCGUCGACAAUCUGGACUUUGCGGUGAUGAUCCAUGAGAACGGUGUAGCUGACGAGGACUGCCAGGAGUGUUACUAUGCACCUGGCUAUGACGUUGUGAUUGGGAGAAGCUGAAGGCUUAAGCCAACAGGGCCGAGACGAAAUUUCCAGCUCAUCGCCAUACAUAGAAAAAAAAAUUUAAAGCCAAAAAAAAG